UCGUUUGCGUGCUUCACAUGGGGGAACCAAUGUGUCUCUCUCUCUCUCUUUAUUAUCUUGUGGAUACUUUAGGGUUUCUAUUUCCUCUAAUAAAAAAAUUGGGAUUGGGGGAAAAUUCCCAAGUUGCAAUUUUUUCUUCUUCUUUGAGCUCAGUGUUACUGUUACGGUGUUACCUCUAGUAAUGGCUUGUCUUCGUAGCUUCUCAAGGAGAAGUCUUUACCCAAAAUGGUUCUGCUACAAGACCUCAUCAAGGCCUGCUGAUCUUCUUCAACAUCAUCAUAUCAAAGAUUCUACUGGAUCCAGUCUCCCGGACUCAAGUCUUCUGAUUCGUAGCUUUCACAGGCAAGUUUUCUCUGAAGAUAGAAGGACUAUGUCUUUUGUUCAAUCAAUGGGUUCUUCUGGAGUAUUGCUAUGUAGUAGACACAUGUCUUCUAAACCAGAAGAGUUGUGUCCAAUGAUUGAUGCUUUUGGAAAUGUUGCUGAGGAACUUGUCUCUGAUAAAUCUGUGGGAGCAAUGGCUACUGUAGAUCAGUGCAGUGCAGCAAUUGAGAAUUUUUCAUUCCCUGGGGACUUCGUGCAUUAUGUGAUUAAUGGAAUCCAUGAGCUCACUGGUUUAAAUUGGUGGAUGUCAAUUCUUCUUACGGCUUUUCUGGUUAAUGUACUGAUGUCACCAGUCUCUAUGCGGGUUCAGAGACAUGGUUUGGAACUACAGAUUUUAAUUAGGACCAUUGAGAAAGUGCAGAGAAUUAAAAAGGUCGGUAACCGUGAAACUCUAGCUAAAUCCAAAAAAUGGGAAGCAGAGUUGAUGAAAGGAUUCGAAGACAGAUGCUUUUCUUUCUUGACACAUUUUGUUCCUGAUGCAUUCGUCUACAUCAGCUUCAUGAGUGGGAUUACAACCAUGGCUAAGAAAAUCCCUGAACUUUCAACUUCAGACAGCUUAUACAUCAUGCCUUUACUGGCAGGCUUCACUUUCUGGUUCUCAUCAGAGAUCCACAACAGAAGAAGUCUUUUAUCCAGAAUGAAGAGACUCCCUUUAUUUCCUAUUAUCUUUGUCGUGCUCCAAGCUACAUAUGAAUAUGAACCGGCAGUAUACUUUUACAUGAUCACAUCUAGAAUCUAUGUAUCCACAUUAUUAUUGAUGUUGAGGAACAAGCAGAUAGUAAAGUUGAGAAGCAUCCUGGGGUGGCCAGAUGUUCCAGUAACAACGGUCUCUCAGCAGCAAAAGGUUAUGGCGAGAUUGAUAUGUCGGCUGAGAGAAUUUAUUGACGUGGUGAAGAAGAAUGACAAGAAGUGAAUCUGCUUUUGCUUUCUUUAGUCUCUCUAUCUCUUUGUCUUUGAAUCAAAUUUGACUUGAAUACUCUGUUUUAUGUACAACUUAUUGUAGCUAUUUCAGAUAAAGAACCAUCCGUUAAAUCGUAAUUGAUCUACAA